AAUGGCUAAGGUGGGAAAUAGGAGCCCAAAAAAACGGAAAUUUGACCCAAAAAACAGCGAGCGGGAGGAACGAACAGCAUGGGCUGAACCCACCGAAUUCGCUGCAAUUUUAUCAAAUUUUGUAUCUAAGGACUCUCUCUUUUCUCUCUGUGUCCUCCACUGAAAGAAAGAAGAUCAGAAGAAGAAGAAGAAGAAGAAGAAAUGGGAAGUAAAGAGCCAGCAAAGGAAAAAAGAGAAAAAAGACUCCAAGAAAUUUCUCUUCUCCGUACCAUUCCUUACUCUGAUCAUCAAAGGUGGUGGUCAUCAGAAACUGUUGCUGUGGUGACCGGUGGAAAUAGAGGAAUAGGAUUUGAGAUUGCGAGGCAACUUGCAGACCAUGGAUUGUCUGCUAUCCUGACAUCACGAGAAAGUAGCGCAGGCCUUGAAGCUGCCAAUGUCUUGCGAGAGUUGGGUUUGAGUGUGGACUUCCAUCAACUUGAUGUCUUAGAUUCUUUAUCCAUCAAAACGUUUGCUGAGUGGAUACAACAAACUUACGGCGGAUUAGAUGUUUUGGUGAAUAAUGCAGGUGUUAAUUACAAUAUGGGGUCUGACAAUUCUGUUGAAAAUGCCAAGAAUGUUGUUGAUACAAACUAUUAUGGUAUAAAAAAUGUCACUGAAGCUCUGAUUCCUUUGAUGAGACCUUCUGCUGUAGGUGCUCGUAUUGUUAAUGUAAGUUCACGGCUUGGAAGACUAAAUGGCAAACGAAACAGACUUGAAGACAAAGAUUUGAGAGAGCAACUGGCUAACCUGGAAACACUUUCAGAGGAACUCAUUGAUAGGACGGUGUCUACUUUCCUACAACAAGUAGAAGACGGCACAUAUACAUCAGGUGGAUGGCCUCAGGUGAACACUGAUUACUCGGUGUCUAAACUUGCAGUUAAUGCUUAUACUAGGCUAUUGGCAAAGAAACUGUCCGAUCGGCCUAAUGGUCAGAAGAUCUAUAUAAACUGCUACUGCCCAGGGUGGGUGAAGACAGCUAUGACAGGCUGGGCUGGUAAUGUAUCAGCAGGUGAUGGAGCUGACACAGGAGUAUGGCUGGCCCUGCUUCCAGACCAAGCAAUCACAGGAAAAUUUUUUGCAGAGAGACGUGAGGUAAACUUCUGAGGCAAUUAGGCUGAAAGAAGCCAUCAGGUUCCGGAACUGUUUACAUUCUUUUGAUCAACUGCUGAUGCAUAACAUCCAAAGGUUAAAACAACGUUAAAUCCAGUAAGGACUAGAGAUGGUAAUAACAUCAGCCUGCAUUUUCUAACAAAGGUGUUUCCCUGUGGAUUCUACUUGGGAACGAGAGCAACUACCAAGCCAAUGGAACGGGGAUUCGUGUACUUAGAUUGCAAAUCUACUUAAUAUCUAGAAGGGUAUGUCAAGCAUCAUUCAAUAACCAGUUUCCCUUGAAAGAAUUAUAUGUUUGUUGACAUUACUUAAGGGAGUGAUUGGCCUCAAAAUAUAACCAAGUCGUCCUGUUGCUGUGAUUCUCAGCUGCAUAAAGUUGAAUUUUCUC